CCCCGCCACUGACGACGGCAUGUGGCUGCCGCGCGUGUCCAGCACGGCGGUGACGGCGCUCCUGCUGGCGCAGACGGGCCUCCUGCUCUUCCUGGUGUCGCAGCCGCGCUCCCCCGUGCCCGUGGGCGGCCCGCGUCGCGUGCACGUGCUGGUGCUGUCGUCGUGGCGCUCGGGCUCGUCGUUCGUGGGCCAGCUCUUCAGCCAGCACCCCGACGUCUUCUACCUGAUGGAGCCCGCGUGGCACGUGUGGGCCACCCUGCCGCAGGGCAGCGCGCCCGCGCUGCACAUGGCCGUGCGCGACCUGGUGCGCUCCGUGUUCCUGUGCGACCUGGACGUGUUCGACGCCUACCUGCCGUGGCGCCGCAACCUGUCGGACCUGUUCCAGUGGGCCGUGAGCCGCGCGCUGUGCUCGCCGCCCGCCUGCAACGCCUUCCCGCGGGGGGCCCUGAGCAGCGAGGCCGUGUGCAAGCCGCUGUGCGCGCGGCAGCCGUUCGGCGGGGCGCAGGCCGCCUGCCGCUCCUACAGCCACGUGGUGCUCAAGGAGGUGCGAUUCUUCAACCUGCAGGUGCUCUACCCGCUGCUCAGCGACCCCGCGCUCAACCUGCGCAUCGUGCACCUGGUGCGCGACCCCCGCGCCGUGCUGCGCUCCCGCGAGCAGACGGCCAAGGCGCUGGCGCGCGACAACGGCAUCGUGCUGGGCACCAACGGCACGUGGGUGGAGGCCGACCCGGGCCUGCGCGUGGUGCGCGAGGUGUGCCGCAGCCACGUGCGCAUCGCCGAGGCGGCCACGCACAAGCCGCCGCCCUUCCUGCGCGGCCGCUACCGCCUGGUGCGCUUCGAGGACCUGGCGCGGGCCCCGCUGCCCGAGAUCCGGGCGCUCUACGCCUUCGCCGGCCUCAGCCUCACGCCGCAGCUCGAGACCUGGAUCGACAACAUCACGCACGGCGCGGGGCCCGGCGCGCGCCACGACGCCUUCAAGACCACGUCCCGGGACGCGCUCAACGUCUCGCAGGCCUGGCGCCACGCGCUGCCCUUCGCCAAGAUCCGCCGCGUGCAGGAACUGUGCGCCGGGGCGCUGCAGCUGCUGGGCUACCGGCCUGUGUUCUCCGAGGAGGAGCAGCGCAACCUCGCCCUGGACCUGCUGGUUCCCCGGGGCCCCAGCAGUUUCAGCUGGGCGUCCUCCACCGACCCCGGGCCCUAGCGAGGUCCUGGGGGUCCUCCGGGCUCGCCUGGCCCGGGAACUUGGUGUAUGGUAGGGCGGGGA